AUGGUCAAUUGGAUUCUGGGCGAAAAGUUCUACCAGCGCUACCCUCAUCUAGACGGGGUAAAAGCUCUCUGGGAAACGAAAUGGAAGUUCCCCUGCUCGCUGGGUGUCUACCCCUUCCACGACGGCAAGCUCGAGGACUUUGAGCCAAUCUUCGAGAGCCUGAUCCGAGAUGAUGUGAACGAUGCCUACACGGACAAAUACACGGAUUAUUUCUUCCCCGUGGCAGAAAAGCUCACCGACGCAGCCAUGUCAGCUCAGGGAUCCGACCGGUCCAAAGCGGCCGCGUGGUUCAAGCGAGCCGCCUGCGUGUACCGAAUUUCGCGCUACCCUUCGCUCGACGCCGGCUCAGGAGUCAAGAGGAAAGCAUUCGAGCUGCAGAAGCAGGUCUACUUAAGGGGGGCCAGCCUGUGGGAUGCUCCCAUGAAAGAGGUCAAGAUUCCACACACUGCAGCGCACGGGGCAGACGGCAAGGAGAUCCCCCUCUUUGUGAGACUACCCGAGGGGGUCAGCAGUACGCACAAGUGCCCCGUCGUGCUGCUGAUAACAGGUCUAGACGGUCAUCGGCCCGAUAACAGCGAGCGCACAGAUGAGUUCCUCGCCCGAGGCUGGGGCUGUGUGAUUACCGAGAUCCCGGGCACUGCCGACUGCCCUGCGGAUCGCCGCGACCCGACAUCUCACGAACGACUCUUCACGGCGAUCCUCGACUGGAUGGACAAGCAGCCCUACUUCGACAUGCGGAGAUGCAUGGCCUGGGGCCUAUCGGCAGGCGGAUAUUGCGCCAAUCGACUAGCACACACGCAUCACGCGCGCCUCGCCGGCGUGGUCGCGCAGGGAGCAGGAUCCCAUCACUUCUUGAGUCGCGAGUGGCUGGACCGUGUCGACGACCACGAAUACCCUUUUAUCCUUAGCGAAGCGUACGUCGCCAAAUACGGCUACAAGGACUGGGAGGAGAUGAAGGAGAAAGCGCAAGACGAGUACAGCCUGGUCACGAACGGCUUCGUGAAUGGACCGUCUUGCAGGCUGCUUCUCGUCAACGGCACCCUGGACGGUCUCGUGCCCAUCGAAGACAGUAUGCUGUUGAUGAACUACGGGAAACCAAAGGAAGCCCGGUUCUACGAAGGCAUGUUGCACAUGGGAUAUCCGCCUGCAAAUGAGAGUAUUUGGCCGUGGAUGGAAUCCGUCAUGGCGACGGCGGCAGCAUGA